AUGGCUACAAGAGAUUUACCUAAAUCACUCAAUCAAUUUUGUUUUGGUUGGAUAAAUCAAAUUCGUGAUGAAAUGACAUUAGGUAAAACCCAAAAUGAAUUAAUUGAACAAGAUUUAGCAGUUAAAAUAAAUGAUAAUAAAUUAGAUUAUAUUUCUUCAUCAGAUGAAAAUGAAGAUGAAUCACAAAUUGAAACAAAAGUUAAAUUUAAAAGUUUAUGGCCUGCUUUUGCUUCUGGUGCAGGAUUAUUUUCUGAUGGUUAUGUUAAUGCAGGAAUUGGAAAUGUUAUAUCAAGUUUAAAAAUAAUUUAUGGUAAAGAAUUUACUCAAAGUAAUGCAAUGUCAAAUAUUGGAUCUAUAGCUUUUGUUGGUACUGUUAUUGGACAAUUAAGUUUUGGUGUAAUAAGUGAUCAUAUAAGUAGACAUAGUGGAAUGUUAAUUGCUAAUAUAAUGUUAAUUAUUUUUACAUUAUUAUGUGCUGUUGGAUCGUGGGGUAAAACAACUCAAGGAUUUUUUGCUUGUUUGACUGUUUGGAGAUUUUUUUUAGGUAUUGCAAUUGGUUCAGAAUAUCCAACAAGUUCUGUUAUUGCAAGUGAAUUUGCAAAUCAAUUACCUUCAGGUCAUAGAAAUAGAUAUUUUGCUUGGUUUACUAAUAUGAUGAUUGACUUGGGUUUUGUUGUUGCAAGUUUUGUACCAUUAGUAUUAUUAUGGAUUUUUAGUACAAGACAUUUAAGAGCAGUUUGGAGGUUAAGUAUUGGGUUAGGUAUUGUUCCUCAAAUUAUUUUAUUUUUUGUUAGAUUAAAAAUGAAAGAUUCAAAAUCUUUUCAAAAAUUACAUAUGAAAAAAGUUUCAUACAAGGAUUAUCCAAUUUGGUUAAUUAUUAAAUUUUAUUGGUUUAGAUUAUUUAUUAUUUCUUUAAUUUGGUUUAUUUAUGAUUUUUCAGUUUAUUCAUUUGGUACUUUUAAUACCAUUAUUAUUGGAGAAAUUAUUCCAAAUGGUUCAUUAUAUCAACAAUGGGGUUGGUCUGUUGUUUUUAAUUUAUUUUAUAUGCCAGGUGCAUUUAUUGGUGCUUUAGUUGGUGAUUAUUUAGGUCCAAGAUUAACUUUAGCUAUAGGGGUGGGUAUUCAAGGAAUUAUUGGUAUGGCAAUGUCUGCUAAAUUAGAUGAAUUAAAAAAACAUAUAGCUGGAUUUGUUGUUGUUUUUGGAAUUUUUACAACUUUUGGAGAAUUUGGACCUGGUAAUAAUACUGGUUUAUUAGCUUCAAAAACUUGUGCAACUCCAAUUAGAGGUCAAUAUUAUGGUAUUGCAGCAGCAAUUGGUAAAAUUGGUGCAUUUGUUGGUACAUGGGUAUUUCCAGCUAUUCAAAAACAUUAUUCUUAUGAUGAUAAAUUAGCUUUACAAGUUCCAUUUUAUGUUAGUUCAGCAUUAUGUUUAUUUAGUGCAUUUUUAGCUAUAUUUUUUGUACCACCAGUUGGUCAAGAUUCCAUAAAUAAAGAAGAUAAAUUAUUUUUAGAAUAUUUAAGAGAAAAUGGAUUUGAUUUAAAAAAAUUAGGAGAUUUUGGUUCAGUUGAUGUUUCAUCUAGUCCAAUUAAUUCAAAUGAUGAAAAUAUUGUUUAUGAUCAAAAAAAUGAAGAUGUAGAUGUUCAUGUUCAAGAAAAAUAA